AUGUCGAUCUUCCCUUACAUCUACUACAUGGUGUUGUCCUUCAACAUCUCUCACGACGAGCAUCAGACUGCCAUCUAUGCCGGCAUGGUCACCUCGGCUUUUGCAUUUGCCGAAUUCUCAACAGGACUACUCUGGGGAAGGCUCAGUGACAAGGUCGGCCGGAAGCCAAUCCUUCUCACUGGACUGGCUGGCACCGGAUUGAGCAUGUUGAUGUUCGGAUUCGCGCCCAGCCUGCCUGUUGCACUUGUUGCUCGCGCACUCGGCGGCUUGCUCAAUGGAAACAUCGGCGUGCUGCAAACGACUGUGGCGGAAGUGGUCACCGUUGAAGCUCACCAACCUCGAGCUUAUUCAAUCAUGCCGUUCGUCUGGUGUCUUGGCUCGAUUAUAGGUGCAGGCCUCGGAGGCACUCUUGCAGAGCCAGUCAAGAAUUACCCGUCAGCAUUCCAGCCAGGCACCCUUUUCGACCACUACCCGUACCUUCUUCCAAAUCUCGUGUGCGCCUUCGUUGUUGUAUGCAGCUUGGUCGUGGGUAUACUGUUCCUCGAAGAGACGCACGAAGACAAGAAGCGCAGACGUGAUCUUGGUCUCGAGCUUGGCCAGUGGAUUCUGUGCAAGUUCUGCAGGCGACCUGAGGAGCGCAUCAGCGACAAAGACGAGCAUGAUCAGCCGCCAGGGUACCGGUCGACAGAAGCCUCACCUCGUCCAUCGUAUGCUCAGGUCUCUUCACCCGAGCCUCCGCGCGCCAUGUCUCUGCGCGAGGCUCUGACCCCUCAGGUGUUGUUGAUCAUCAUAGGUUAUGGUAUUCUAGCUUUUCACACAAUGUCUUUCGAACAGUUAUUCCCGGUCCUGCUCAGCCGGGACGAGUCCAAAGAACCAGCGACAUUGCCUUUCAAGUUUACAGGAGGCUUCGCCUUGUCGACUAAGAAGAUCGGGUUCAUCCUAUCUGCGCAGGGCGUGUUCCAGAUGAUAUCGCAAAUCUUCAUCUUCCCGACUAUCAGUAAAAGACUCGGCUUCCUCUGGACGUUCCGCUUUGUCGUGUUCGCAUACCCUCUUCUCCACUUCCUCACUCCGUAUUUGGCGCUACUGCCUGAGCAGCUCCGGAUGCCUGGCGUCUACUUCAUAUUGAUCUGGAAGGUCACGGCCCAGACGCUAGCGUUUCCAACGAUCCAGAUCAUGCUCGCCAACGCAGCUCCUUCGAAGAAAGUCUUGGGCGCCUUGAACGGUGCAGCAGCAUCCUCAGCCAGCCUCUGCAGAGCCUUGGGACCCACGCUAUCUGGCGCAGUCCAGUCUCUCGGCUUGAGCCUGGGCUAUUCCGGCCUUCCUUGGUGGGUGUGCGCCAUGAUCGCGCUUUCUGGGGCCAUCGAGAGCCUUUGGAUGCGGGAUUCCAGGAACAAGUCAGAAUCCGGAGGUCGUCAAAACUUUGCACUCGAUGAAGAAAGUGCGGUUGGGGCACCGCUUCUCAGCUCAUCUGCUGUAGGUUCAGAGCUCGGACUGGAAACUGCCAGUCCCGUGAUCGAACAGCUACCUUGCAGGCAAAGCUCUUCUUCGCUAAAUCUCGAUGCCCCGAAGGAGGGUUAG